AUGGCCGACAACGAGGUGAGCGCGCACAUCGAACAGCGAAUUGUCAUCGAGUUUCUCGUCAAUGAAGGCGUAAAGUCAUCUGAAAUUCACAGAAGACUUCAGGCUCAGUAUGGCCACGAUACACUUAGCCACAGCAAAGCGUUUGAGUGGUGCAAACGAUUUCGAGACGGCCGUACAUCAGUGCAGGAAGAUCCCGGCAGGGGCGGCACAGAGCCCAGUGUCAGAGUUCCUGAGAACAUCCAACUUGUCGAGCGCCUGACCCUCAAGGACCGACGGAUAACAUGUCUCGAACUGGCUCGAAAGACGGACCUUUCUGUGGGAACGUUGAACACUAUCAUUCAUGAACACCUCCAGUUUCGGAAAGUUAGUUCCCGUUGGGUCCUGAGGCAGCUCUCCGUGUUUGACCGGCAGAGAAGACUGGAGGGAAGAAGACAGGGAAGACUGGAGCUCUCCCAAGAGCUAAGGUACCGUUUCGACACUGGAGGGCAGCCGUUCCUUGAUCGGAUCAUCAUGUGCGAUGAAACAUGGGUGCACCAUUUCACUCCUGAGUCUAAAGGCGCAUCAAAACAGUGA